UUCAGGAUAAUGUGAAAUAAAUGAUCGUUAAUAUAUUGAUGAUAUCGUGGCUUUCCACGCAAAUAUAUAAAAGGUGCUCACUAAGGGAUCGAGUAGAAACAUUGGUGCAAUGUUAGUCAUUAUUAUCUAUUAUCGCGAAUAUUUAGAUGAUCUCAGUAUAUAUGCUUGUAUGAAUUAAAAAUUGCAACUUGAACCACUCUUAACGUUAGAUAAAAAAUAAACUGUGUGUGCGUUAUACGUUAUCCUUACUUCCCAGGAUGGGUAGGAGACCCGUGUUGAUGGGUGCAUUAUUUUUGACUGGAGUCAGUGGGAUUGGUGCAGCUUUUUCACCGUCUUUUACAGUUUUUGUAGCUUUUCGGUUUCUUAUUGCGAUGGGUGCCGCCACUGCAGUGAGUGUAUCAUUUUGUUUAGUUACAGAAGUUAUAGGCACGAAUGUUCGUUCUACAGUGUGUACUGUACUAGGAUUUAAUUGGACAUUUGGAGCUUUGAUUCUUGCUGGAUUGGCCUGGUUGUUACGUGACUGGUUUUACUUGCAACUUGCUAUGUCGAUUCUCUGUUUUCCAUCAGUUUUAGCGUGUUGGUUUCUACCAGAAUCUCCACGAUGGCUACUAACUCAUGGUUACUUGGAGAGAGCUGAGGAGGUCAUUCACAAAGCUGCUUCAUUAAACGGAAUAGCUGUCAGACAUAUUCAUGAUGCCAUUAAGAAAAUUAAAGAAGUUUCUGACAUUGAAAAACAAACGAUGGCGAAGAAGAUGGUUAAUAUUUUGGACCUUGUAAAAACUCCUGCCAUGCGAAAGAGAAGCCUAAUCAUGUUCGGCGUUUGGUUUGUCGACUCCUGUGUCUUUUACGCCAUUGCUCUUGGAACCACCGACUUAGGAGGAAAUCCAUUUGUUAAUUUUUCUGCUGUAGCGGUCGUCGACUUUCCUGCUGGCGUCGCCUGUAUUUUUAUUCUUCGACACUUUGGAAGAAGAACACCGAUAAUGGCAUCUCUAAUGACUGUUGCUUUGGCAUGCUUAAUAUCUGCCGCCCUUCCUGAAGAUCCCAACUGGAUUCGAAUACUCCUAGCAAUGUUAGGUAAGUGUGGUAUAUAUUCGGCUUUCCUCAUUACGUACGUGUGGACAGCAGAGCUCUUUCCCACUGUCAUCCGCAGCCUCGGCCUCAGCACCAGCUCUAUGAGUGCCAGACUUGGCUCCAUUACGUCGCCAUUUUUGGGCCAUCUAGGUAAACUCACUCAUCGUUCCGUACCAUUUGUGGUGUGUGGAAGUCUUCCGUUGGUGGUCGGAGUAACUGUGCUGUUUCUUCCCGAAUGUCACCAUCACAUGAUGGACACAAUAGAAGAAGUAGAAGGUCAUAGAAAUGAUAUAGAAAAUUCAUCGUAUCCACCACCAGUAAUGAAAAAUGAAAUUGAAGAAGUAGACCCUUUGACAGUUCAGAUGUUGUAGAACUACAUUGCAUAAAUGUGACACAUACGUGUUAAAACUAGUCCACAGAUCGGAGACGAAGCUCCUUGUACGCAGAAGAUGUGGUAAUAAUGCAAGUCUGUCUUCUUCCCAAACAGUAUGGGAUUCAGAUUAGGAGUGUCCACUAAUUACGGGAACUACUUUUUAAACUAUUAAAAAACGAAUUUUCUAUUUUUGAACAUAUCUAGUUUGAUCAUAUGUAGAGUUUUUAACGAAAUAAAAUAUCGUGACAUAUUUUUACGUACAA